AUGAGCAAGACGGAAUAUAUCCGACCAGAGUUUGGACUGUUGGAUAUAGAUGGACUUGAGUAUCACCUAUGGAUGGAUGAUGUGAAGAUCGCUUUUGUAGCAAAAGAAUGCACCCACACCAUCACACCCUCUACUGAGAAAGAUUCUUCCCCAACAACUGAAAAACAAAAGGCUGAAGCCCUCCGAUAUUUGAAGGCACAUAUUGACCCUAAUCUCCUUUGGGGAUACCAACACAUAAUGUGUCUUAAAGAACUAUGGGAUGCACUAGCAAGCCGUUUUGGGAGCAUUGAGGAUUUCCUUCUCCCACGGUUGAAUGAACAGUGGAAUGACAUUCGGUUUCUUGAUUAUGUGAAGGUAGGUGAUUUCCAAAGAGAUAUGCUUAAGCUACAGGCACACCUCAAUUUCUGUGGGAUAAAACUUACAGAUAAAGAUAUGAUUCAAAAGACAUUGUCUACAUUCCCUUUGUCAUUUGUUAUUCUAGCCAACCAAUAG